UCUAUCGUAUUCGUCCUCAUCGCAACAAUCCGAAUCUGAUGAUGUAGAUCACAUCUUGGGUCGGACAUUUGGUUUCAGCUUCGAUCGAUACCAAUACUUUCAACUGGCCAAAACAUGGCAGGUCAAUUUUGGUGAGAUUCUUGCUAGUCCAAAAAAAAGUUCCUUUCAUAUAAAGGGAAACGAUGUUAUGGUAUUUCUUCACAUGCAAAAAACAGGUGGAUCUGCAUUUGAUCGUCACUUGGUGCGCGAUUUGAUUCUUGAACAGCCAUGCAAAUGUGAGCCGAAGCGAAAGAAGAAAUGCCGUUGCUUUCGACCUGAUACCAAUAACCGAUACUGGCUUUUUUCGCGCUAUUCAAUUGGCUGGAAAUGUGGUUUACACGCUGACUAUACGGAACUGAUCAAUUGUGUUGACCGAGUACUGAAUCAAGUAGAACACAUCGGAGUGAAACGUCGUUACUUCUACGUCACAUUGCUUCGAGACCCAAUAGCACGCUUUGUGUCCGAGUUUAAGCACGUUCAGCGUGGAGCCACCUGGAAAAGUUCUCGCCACUGGUGUGGAGGUCGUCUCCCAACUCCACAAGAACUGCCUCAAUGCUACACUGGCUCUAACUGGGGCAAUGUUUCACUGUCAGAGUUUAUGUCCUGUCGGCACAAUCUCGCUUUUAACCGUCAAACGCGAAUGUUGGCAGACCUUAGUCUAGUGGGAUGCUACAAUCAGUCAGUGAUGUCAUCUAGCGAACGAGACCUGGUCAUGCUUAACAGUGCCAAGCGCAAUCUACGUCAGAUGGCAUUUUUUGGUUUGUGUGAAGAGCAAAUUGCCUCACAGUACCUGUUUGAGCGUACGUUCAAUCAGAAGUUCAAACGAGCGUUUGUCCAGUUCAACUCUACUCGAAGCAGGGCUACAUUACAUGCUCUCUCUUCGGAUGAAAUCAAACAAAUUCACAAACUGAACCACCUUGACGUGAAGCUCUACGCGUUUGCACAUGAGUUGUUUCGAGAGAGAUUUUCAACUGUCAAGUCGGUGGAUGCUGAUUUUGAGAGAAAUUUUGAAUCUCUUUUGCAAAAAUCACUUCAUCAGCCAAAACGGGUUUCAACAACUACCCCGAAAACAAAGCGUGCCAACGGACUGGAGCCUAGCAACAAGGACCAGUCAUCGGUGCUAGUGCCCGAAGAGGAAGAGGACGACACAGCUGAUGAUCAAAGCAAUGACAUUGUCUAUGAUGACGGGACACAUGUGCACGAUUCAGUUGAAGAUUACUACUCGAAUCGAAUUGACGACUCAGAUCAAUGA